CCUGCGAGGGAACCGGAGCCUGGUGGCGCCUCCUGCCGGGGCCGCUCCGUCGAGCCUCCGGAGCAGGAGAAAACGGAGCCGAGCCAGAAUGUGGUUCUUCGCCCGGGACCCGAUCCGCGACUUCCCCUUCGAGAGCGUCGCCCCCCAAGAGCCGCCGCUGCAGCCGGGCGGGCCCUGGCAGCUGCACCGCGGCAGGCGGAAGGCCACAGGGGAGCCGGUAUCCCUCUUUGUGUACGAUGUGAAACCCAACUUGGAAGAAGAGACGCAAGUUGCCAAGGCCGCCUUCAAGCACUUAAAAACUCUGCGGCACCCCAAUAUCCUGUCCUACAUUGACGGGUUAGAGACGGAGAAAUGUUUACACGUGGUGACGGAGCCAGUGGUGCCACUGAGAGCUUAUUUGGAGUCACGAGGCGAAGCAAAAGGUUUGAGCGAACUGGAGAUCUCAUGGGGUCUCCAUCAGAUAGUGAAAGCCCUCAGCUUCCUGGUGAAUGACUGCCACCUCAUCCACAACAAUGUGUGUGCAGCUGCUGUGUUUGUGGACCGUGCUGGCGAGUGGAAACUGGGUGGCCUCGAUUACAUGUGCUCUGUGGUAGGGGACAGUGCCGUGCCCAGGAAGGGGGUCCCCGAGCUGGAGAAAUAUGAUCCGCCAGAGCUGGCAGAAAACAGCAAAGCGGUUGGAGAGAAAUGGUCUGCUGACAUGUGGCGUCUUGGGUGUCUCAUCUGGGAGGUUUUCAAUGGCCCGCUGUCCCGUGCAUCUUCCCUCCGGUCUUUUGGCAAGAUCCCCAAGUCUUUGGUGCCCCAUUAUUGUGAGCUGGUUUGUGCCAACCCAAAGUUGCGGCCCAAUCCUGCCAAGUUCCUGCAGAACUGCUGCGGGCCGGGCGGCUUCAUGGACAAUCGCUUUGUGGAGACCAACCUCUUCCUGGAGGAGAUCCAGAUUAAGGAGCCUGCCGAACGGCAGAAGUUCUUCCAGGAGCUCAGUACCAACCUGGACGCCUUUCCGGAGGAUUUCUGCCGUCACAAGGUCCUCCCACAGCUCCUGACAGCUUUUGAGUUUGGCAGUGCCGGUGCUGUCAUUCUCACCCCGCUUUUCAAGGUGGGGAAGUUCCUGAACGCCCAGGAAUACCAACAAAAAAUCAUUCCUGUUAUCGUGAAGAUGUUCUCCUCCCCAGACCGAGCCAUGAGGAUCCGGUUGCUUCAGCAGAUGGAACAUUUCAUUCAGUACCUGAAUGAGCCCACUGUCAACACCCAGAUCUUCCCCCACGUUGUUCAUGGUUUCCUGGAUACCAACCCGGCCAUCCGUGAGCAGACAGUGAAGUCCAUGCUGCUGCUAGCUCCCAAGCUGAAUGAGAACAACCUCAACGUGGAGCUCAUGAAGCACUUUGCCCGCCUCCAAGCCCGGGACGACCAGGGGCCCAUCCGUUGCAAUACUACUGUGUGCCUCGGCAAGAUUGGGCCCUACCUGAAUGCCAGUACGAGGAAGAAUGUCCUAACAUCAGCCUUCAGCCGGGCCACAAAGGACCCCUUUGCCCCGUCUCGAGCUGCUGGCGUCCUGGGCUUUUCAGCCACCCACAACUUCUUCUCCAUGAAUGACUGUGCCUUCAAAAUUCUUCCUGUGCUCUGCACAUUAACUAUGGAUCCCGAGAAGACUGUUCGGGACCAGGCAUUCAAGGCCAUUCGGAGUUUCCUGACAAAACUGGAAACGGUUUCUGAAGAUCCGGCUCAACUCUCAGAGCUUGAGAAGGACAUCCACGCUGCCUCCGCCAGCCCUGGGGCAGGGGCAGCUGCCAGCUGGGCAGGGUGGGCUGUGACAGGGGUCUCGUCGCUGACGUCAAAGCUGAUCCGGACUAACGCAGGGGCAACGCAAGUGGCAGAGAACAUUCCAGAGGGGACCCCAGCCAGCACGACAUCGGAGACGCCCAAAACAAGAACUGGGCAGCCCCCUGCCCCAGAGGUGGCAGUGCCCCCCUCGUCUGGCCAUUGGGACCUGGAGGAGGAUGUGACGGAGGAGGACAACUUGGCUGACCGGUGGGAUGACGAAGACUGGGGCAGUUUGGAGCAAGAAGCUGAGCAGUCAAAGAACCGCGACAGCCCAGAGGGCUGGAACAGCCCAGCAUGGCAGGAACCAGCCAUGGCAGUCAAGAAAAGUGGAAGCAGGACAGCCACCAGCUCCUCUACAAAGCAAGAAUCGGAUUGGAACACCUCCGACUGGGAGCUGGAGUCUUCGUGGAGCCACCGGAAGGGACAGGGCUCCCUGGUAGAUGAGGGCUGGGGCAGCAGUUGUGACAGGGACUUUACCUCCGGGCUGGCUCCCAAAACUGCGACCACGGCCCCUCCAGAAGGCACCAAACUGGCUAGCGAGUACAAUUGGGAAUGUGUUUCCACUGCGCAGAAGCCCGACCCUUUUUCUUCUCUGGCGGUGAAGCCAGCGGCAGAGAGCCAGAGAAACACCGAGGCCCUCGGAGACUGGGGUUCGGAGGAAAAUUGGGAGGCGCUAGAGUCGGACCAUGGGCCCAGCAAGGCUGAGCUGGCGCGAAAGAAGCGAGAGGAGAGGAGGCAAGAGAUGGAAGCCCGGCGGGCUGAGAGGAAAGCGGCCAAGGGACCCAUGAAGCUGGGGGCGAGGAAGCUGGACUGACGGCCUCUCUCUUUGGGGUGGGAGAGGCAGAUAUUGCCCCUGAAGCUGCUGGAAGGAUUUUCCUCUUUCUUGAAGGAGGCUGUAGUGGAGGGAAGACUCCCAGGAUUGUGCUGCCCUUUGCUUGUUUAGGGGGGAAGCGAACUGCUGUAACUACCCCCUCACCUGCUGAUCUGAUGAGACCAGUCUCUGCCAAGAACUGCUCCAGAUUUGGCUUUUCCUAUUUGCCUGCAGGUGCCUCCCUGCUGUGAAGGGAUAAGACUUGAACUCCCAAGGGGGGCUGGGGGGAGAAAAAACGUGUCUCUGCAUAGAAUAGUUUACUCUGUAUCACUUGUCAGCUGCAGGUUUUGGGGGGGCGGGGGUUAAUUUUUUGCCUGUCUGAAUGUUCUGCAGUUUUAUUGGUUUAUGCGGAAGAUUACAC